AAGUUCCAUGUACAACCUUACCGCUACCACUACUAUACCAUUUCCCCUUCAAUCCCAUUUAAAAGAUUUUUACUAUAUAAACUAUUGUUCACACCAUUCCAACACUGUCACACAAAAAUCCUCACACCAGCGUUUGUUUGUUCUUCAAUUGUUUUCAUAUCCUCGAAAUUCUUCAGUUUCUCUCUUCGGCCUUGUGGAUUUGUUUCAAUCUUGUCUACGAUAGUGUUCACUACUUGUGUAUCUCAGUGCUUAAAUGUAACUGUAAACUUUUCUUCUUCUUGUUCUACUUUGGUUUUCUUCUAUCUGCUCUUGUUCUGCUUUUAAGUCUCCUUGCCGCAAAAUGUAAUUUUGAUCUCAGAUUAAGAUAACCUUUUGCUUUUCAAUCAAUGUCCGAAUCCUCUAAAGUGUUCUGAAUCAUUCCCAUCGUGGUCUCAGUCAUGGAAUCUCGUUAAUCUAUGCCAGAUUCCCAUCUUUGACCGUUCUGUUCUGCUGAUGAAUAUUCUUCUCAGUGCUUCUAUGUUAUAGCAAAUGCAGGUUGUGAUAAUGAUGAUGGGUUCUCGCUAAUCGUGUUGGAUUGCCCUCCAUAGCUACACCUUCAGAACUGAUUUGAUUAGCCACAGUUUGAGUGUAUGAACUGUACCAUGUAACUUGAACACUGCCAAUCUGCUUCCACUGUGUUGUUUCUCUAUGUAAGUUUGGUUUAGCAUAUGGAGGGCUUCUCCUAUAUUCUAGAGAAAAAAGGGUAGUUUUGGAUCUAGGCUUUGUCAUGGCUGAACGCUAGCCUUCAUUUUCUGCUUCGUGGAGAGGGUUGACUGUAAUAUAAAUUGUCUGAUAUUCUUUGAGUUUCUCUGGGAUAUGUAAUCCAACACCCAAGAGCUUUUUAUUCUUGUUCUUUUGACAUUCAUAACAAUACAUCCGAAAGUUCUUCAUAUAUUCUUUGAAAUGUAAAUUCUUCAACUGGAUUCAUUUAUUCAAUUUCUUCAUCAUGGGCAUGAUGUGCUCAAUAAUCAACAAAUGAGUAUACUUUCUUCAACCUUUCCUGUUUAGGAUGAUAUGUAGGAUUCUGGUCUCCCUGCCCGGAGUUGUAUUGCUAUUUUCAAAUAUGCUGCUAUAAUAACUAUGUAAACCUCUAGAGCUCCUUCCAAUUACAUAUUCUUCUUCUUUUUCUUCUACCUUUCUUUACCCUAUAAACCAAAACUUAAGAUCAAUAUCAGUUCCUUUGUAUUCCAAGAGUUUCAUGGAAGAAACAUUUGUUCCCCUCCGUGGGAUUAAGAAUGACCUCAAAGCAAGAAUUAUGUGCUACAAACAAGAUUGGACCAGUGGAAUCCGAGCAGGAUCCAGGAUCCUUGCCCCAACUACAUACAUAUUUUUUGCUUCUGCAAUUCCUGUUAUUUCUUUUGGGGAGCAACUGGAGAGAAAUACUGAUGGAACUCUCACUGCUGUGCAGACUCUUGCAUCAACUGCACUCUGUGGUAUUAUCCACUCAAUCAUUGGAGGGCAACCUCUCCUCAUACUAGGCGUAGCCGAGCCAACAGUUCUGAUGUACACAUUCAUGUAUAACUUCGCGAAGGAUCGAAAGGAUUUGGGACACAAAUUAUUUCUGCCUUGGACUGGAUGGGUGUGUGUUUGGACUGCUCUGUUGCUCUUUUUGCUGGCCAUUCUUGGUGCAUGCUCCAUAAUCAAUAGAUUCACACGCCUUGCUGGUGAACUAUUUGGUUUGCUAAUUGCAAUGCUUUUUAUGCAGCAGGCUAUAAAGGGACUUGUGGAAGAGUUUUGUGUGCCCAAGAACCAAGCAGAAGGCACCAAUCAAAUUGCACUCCAAUCUUCUUGGCUGUUUGGCAAUGGAAUGUUUGCCUUAGUUUUGUCAUUUGGUCUUCUUUUUACUGGUCUACGAAGUCGUAAGGCUAGAUCCUGGCGUUACGGAACAGGUUGGCUAAGGGGAUUUAUAGCUGAUUAUGGAGUCCCACUAAUGAUUCUCGUAUGGACUGCUGUGUCUUACAUACCUGUCAAUAAGGUUCCAAGGGGAAUCCCUAGGCGACUUUUCAGUCCAAACCCAUGGUCUCCUGGUGCAUACUCAAAUUGGACUGUUGUCAAGGAAAUGCUGAAAGUGCCCCCCUUAUAUAUUGUUGGAGCAUUUAUACCAGCAACUAUGAUUGCUGUGCUUUACUACUUUGAUCAUAGUGUUGCAUCACAACUUGCUCAGCAGAAGGAGUUCAAUCUAAGAAAACCCUCAUCUUAUCAUUAUGACUUGCUGCUCUUGGGCUUUUUGACCAUAUUGUGUGGGCUUAUUGGAAUCCCUCCUUCAAAUGGCGUGAUUCCACAAUCUCCAAUGCAUACAAAGAGCUUAGCUACUCUAAAACAUCAGCUUUUGCGGAAUAAGCUUGUAUCUACUGCACGAAACAGCAUGCGGAAAAACGUUAACCUGAGUCAGUUAUAUCAAAGUAUGAAAGAAGCAUAUGAUGAAAUGCAGACUCCACUGGUUCCCCAAAUGCCACCUACCUUGGGGCUGAAAGAGCUGAAGGAAUCUACCAUUGAACUGGCUUCAAGUCAUGGAUACAUUGAUGCUCCCAUUGAUGAGAUUGUCUUUGAUGUGAAUAAGGAUGUUGAUGACCUUUUGCCAGUUGAAGUUAAAGAGCAGCGCUUCAGCAAUCUACUGCAGGCAUUGAUGGUUGGGGCUUGUGUUGCUGCUAUGCCACUUUUGAAGAAGAUACCAACCUCAGUGCUUUGGGGUUAUUUUGCCUUCAUGGCAAUUGAAAGCUUGCCAGGAAAUCAGUUUUGGGAGAGAAUAUUGUAUCUUUUCACCGCUCCAAGUCGAAGAUACAAACUGCUGGAAGAAUACCAUGCCACCUUUGUUGAGACUGUUCCCUUCAAAACAGUUGCCAUGUUCACCUUAUUCCAGACUGGAUACUUGCUUCUUUGCUUCGGCAUAACCUGGAUACCAAUUGCUGGGGUCCUUUUCCCAUUGUUAAUCAUGCUUCUUGUCCCUGUACGGCAAUAUUUUCUUCCCAAGUUUUUCAAAGGAGCCCAUCUUCAAGAGUUGGACGCCGCAGCAUAUGAAGAAGCACCUGCCAUUGCUUUCAACAUGUCCUUUGAAGAUCCAAAUAGCCAGGCAACAAUGGUGAAUAUCAGUGGCGGGGAAAUCCUUGAUGAAAUUAUUACAAGGAGUCGUGGAGAGAUUCGCCGCACUCAAAGCCCCAAAACAAGAAGUUCAACUCCAAACUCAACAGGAGAUAUAAGACCAGCUAAUAGCCCUCAGUUGUCGCGAAGGAUUCCUAGCCCUCGAGUGACUGAGUUGAGGGGCGAAAGCAGCCUUGGACCAACUGGGAAGGAGAUCAAGUUAAUGCAAACACCAAGUCCACGGUCAUCAGUUCUUGGAAAAGUUAUCAAAGGUUCGCCCUCAAGCUAAAAAUGUAUCUUUAGUGCCAAACCAAGUACUAGUAAUAAGUGGUGCUCUAGAGGUCACGAACUUUAUUUUGUGACAACAUGUCUUCUCAAUCUCUCUCUUUUCUUCCUUUUAACCUUUUACCAUCGACUUUGUUGUUUGACUGCAAUAUUCUUAGCAAUAUAAAGUGGGCAGGGAUAUUUUUAUGUUUGAUAGAAAGAUGCUAGUGGAUGUU